CAUUGACAUGUCAGAAAAAGAGUCAAAAGAACUUUCUCAAGCUGUCAAUACAGCAUUAAAAUCAGAAAAUGGUGCACCUGUACAUGUAUUUUCACCUGAUGCACCACCUGAAGAAAAGAAAGCUGAAUUGAUGGACCAUGCAUUAACUGAAAACAAACCUCAAAUUCCAGGUGGUUAUGUCGAGAAUCCUCUUUUAGGCUUACCAGACUGGGUUAAAGCAGGCUGGACUCGCUUCUCCAGUUUACCUAAUCCAGGUGAUGAAAAGGUUAUGCAAGAGCUUGCUCAAUCUUAUUCGCCUGAUCAAAUCAAUCAACUUUAUCACAGUACACGUGCUUCCAAUGGUGAAUAUCAUCAUGAUUUGGUUGCUCAAUUCGUGUCUGAUAAAUACUUUGGUGAAUGGUUUCAUAACUGUGGUGUUGUGUUUAUUGCUAUUUUCUUCACUUAUGUAUUGACAGUCUGUCGAUUGGGUAUCAUGUCAUGUUUAAUUGUUGGUGCUUUUUUCGCCACUUAUUACCGCACAUCCAUCAAGCGAACAAGACGAAAUGCCCGUGAUGAUAUGGAACGACAAGUGGCUCUGAAUAAAUUGGAAAGUGACGCAGAAACAGCCGGUUGGAUGAACCACUUUUUGGAUCGUUUUUGGCUUAUUUUUGAACCUACAUUAUCGGCUCAAAUUAUUGGUCAAGUCGAUGCUGUCUUGAGCGAAAAUACACCUUCGUUUUUAGACUCCAUUCGACUCAGUUCAUUUACAUUAGGCACAAAGGCCCCUCGUGUCGAUAGUGUCAAGGUCUAUCCUGGAUCUGCUCCUGAUAUUGUGUGUAUGGACUGGCAGUUCUCAUUUACGCCUAAUGAUGUACUUGACUUGACAGCUCGUCAAGUUCAAUCCAAAGUCAAUCCAAAGAUCGUCUUGACCAUUCGUGUGGGUAAAGGUAUGGUGGGUGCUGGUAUGCCCAUCUUAUUAGAAGACAUUGCAUUCAAGGGAAAUAUUCGUAUUAAGCUCAAGUUGUUUAAUGAAAUGCCUCAUGUCAAGACAGCCGAGAUUUGCUUUUUAGAGAAACCUCAUUUCGAUUAUGUACUUAAGCCUGUGGGCGGUGAAACCUUUGGUUUUGAUAUUAACAAUAUUCCUGGCCUCGAAACCUUUGUGAAAGACCAAGUCCAUGCUAAUCUUGGUCCAAUGAUGUAUGCGCCUAAUGUAUUUACACUGGAUGUGGCUGCUAUGAUGGCAGGUACAGAUAUCAAUGCUGCUAAUGGUGUGCUUGCUGUCACUAUCUAUGCUGCUCAUGGACUCAAACCUAGCGACUUGUUUGGUUCUUUAGACCCUUAUUGUAUAUUCCGCGUAGGCGAUAUCCACGACCCCGAACAAGCCCGUACAAAAGCCAUUGAGAACAACAACAACCCUCAAUGGAACGAAACCCAUUUUAUCUUACUCAACAGUCUCAAUGACACCUUGUGCUUCCAAAUCAUGGAUCGUAACACAGGCCGUAACGAUUCGGAUGUGGGCGUGGCUACAUUGGCACUCAAGGACGUGGAAGAAAACCAGAAUGCCUUGGAAGGUUUAAGCUUGAUGGUGUUGCGUAGUGGUAAACCUGUAGGUGAAAUCAAGGCCGAUGUGCAUUAUUUUCCUGUCUCGAAACCUGAAAAGAACGAACAAGACGGAACAAUCGUUCCUGCUGUUGAAUCCAAUAGUGGUGUCAUGCGAUUUUAUAUUCAAGACUGUCAAGAUAUCGGUGGUGCUGUGAAGCAGAAAAAGGGUGGUGUGCCUCUUGUAGGAGGACUGCCUGUCGUAGGCAAAGUGCCUAUUAUUGGUCAAGGCAGUACGAGUGUCAAUUCAUAUGCUAUCCUUAAAGUCAACGGUCAAGAGAAAUUACGUACAAGUACAUUUAAGCGAAGUGUGAAUCCUCGCUGGAACAAGUUUAUUGAAGUCUUUGUGGCUGAUAAAACCAACACUCAUCUAGAAAUAAUCUUGAUGAACGCUGUUGAUUUUGGAGAUGACGAUAGGUUGGGCCGAUGGUCUUCUAGUUUGACAGACAUGGAAAAUCAACUCAAAGACAACAAUGAUUGGUGGAAUGUUCAAGAUGGUACAGGCAAGAUUCACUUGAAUAUGACCUGGAAGCCUGUACUAAUGACCGGAUUCAAUGCUGCUUUGACCAAGGGACAAUACCAACAUCCUAUUGGUGUGGUCCGUAUCCAACUCAACAAAGCUACCAAGCUUAAGAAUGUAGAAGCCUUGACGGGUGGUAAAUCAGAUCCAUAUGUUCGCGUCAUGUCUGGUUUACAAUCAAGAGCACAAACAGAAGCUAUUUUGGAUAAUUUGAAUCCUGUAUGGGAUACUGCUGUGUAUGUGCCUAUCCAUUCUAUGCGAGAAGAUUUAAUGCUGGAAGUCAUGGACUAUAACGAUAUUCAAAAGGACAAACUGCUUGGCAUGUGUGAUUUAUUUAUCAAAGACCUUGUUGAAGAGAAAAAAACAGACGAUCAAGUCGUAUAUGAACCAUUGCCUGCUGUGAAGAGACAAGUUGAAUUGAUGAACAAUACAAGAAAGCCAGGAAGAGGUCAAUUGGAUUAUGAGGCUUCCUUUUUCCCUACACUUGCUUUAGCUAAACAAGACACUGAAAACGAAGAAGCACCUAUUGAAUAUCCCAAGACAGAUUUACACGGUGAGCUUGUUCGUUACACACCCGAUCACAAGAUUGAUCUCUUGAGCUAUGCUUCUGGUGUGCUCUCUGUCAAGAUUCAUGAUGUUGAUCUCCCUCAAAAAGCCAAAGCAGUCGUUGAGCUCUUGGUCGACUCAAACGAUGCACAGUACCGUACUACACCUGUCAAGGGCACCCAUCUUACUUUUGAUGAAUUUGGUGACGCCUUUGUGAAAGAAAUGGAUUUCUCCCGUCUUAUUGUACGUGUACGCGAUGCUAAAGAUGAUUAUAAGGAUGAAGGCCGUAUUGGUUUCUGGACAAGUACGGUGCAGGAUAUCAUUCAAUCCAUGACAGAAGAUGAAGCUCAAGAAUAUCGUUUGUUGGACUGCCAAGGUGGCAUGAUUCGCCUCAGCUUCAAGUUUGUACCCGUUGUCAAAUUCACAUUGGAUCCAAGUGAAAGUUUAGAAAAUCAAGGUAAUCUGACAGUCUCCCUCUUGUCUGCUUCUGGUUUAAAGGCCGCUGAUAAAUCAGGCACCAGUGAUCCAUUUUGUGUCUUUACGCUCAACCAUCAAAAAGUCUAUAAAUCACAAACCUACAAGAAACAACUAUCGCCUGUCUUUAACAAGAAUGAAGUCUUUACUGUCCCUGUAUUAGCACGUACCAAGGCGUUGUUUGAAGUCAAGAUAUUCGAUUGGGAUCAAAUCGGUCAAAACGAAUUACUAGCUCAAGGUCCUAUUCCCAUUGUUUCACUUGAGUCUUUUACUGCUCAAGAAUUAGAGGUGCCAUUGGAAGGAGGUCUCAUUCGAUUGCGCCUUAAAUGGGAGCCUCAACUGUUGGCUCGUAAACGUGAAGGCACUUCCUUGUUAGGCUCAACGACCAAAUUGUUAUCGACAGGCACAGGCCUUGCAGGCGAUGUCGUGGGUUUAGGUGCCGGAGCAGGCAAUAAAAUGAUUUAUGGAGGUACCAAAGUGAUAGGUGGCGGUACUAAACUCGUAGGAGGUGCUAUUGGAGGUGGUGUGGGUGCCUUGGGUCGUGGUUUUAGUAAAUUUCAUGGCAAGAAAGGAGGUGAAGACCAUUUGGAUUCAGAAGAGCAAGAACAGCAUGCUCCUUCGCUUUUGUCUUCCAAUGAAUCUACGACUCGACCCAAAUCUAUCUUUGAAGACAAAGAUCGUGUUGCUACAAUUAAGGUUACUGUGCUUGAGGCACGAAACCUUAAAGGCAUGAAUCGAGACAAGACAAGUGAUCCUUAUUGUCGUGUUCGUCUUGGGAAGCAUUCUAUUCACAAGACGAAACAUAUCAAAAAGAACUGCAACCCACAAUGGCAAGACUCAUUUACAACUAAAGUAUUUGGCACUUCUGUGCUAGACUUCCUUGUUCGAGACCACAAUACAUUAUCAGAUAGUGAUAUUGGUGAAGUCACAUUUAACGUAUCAGAGCAUGUAGAUGAAGGCAAACCUUUUGAUGGUUGGUUGCCCCUUACGCCUCAUGGACAUGGUGAAAUCCAUAUUCAAGUUCAAAUAGUCUAAAUAAAGUUAACAGUUGAGUUUAAUUGAUGGUUACACAUAAGCGGCGAGGCAAUUACCUCAUAUGUCCCACAACAUAAGAUAAAGAGCAAGAAACUAAACGAUAAAGAGC